UCAGAGGACCGUUGGGACUUGACAUUUAAAUUUCAAAACGAAAGGAAAUAAAAUUAAAUAUAAAAAUAGAGAUUGAUGAAAUCUAUCUAGGGCCAAAAAUCAGAUGAUAAACAAAGAAACCAUGAAAGGAAAGAUAUUAGUUUCACCGUCGGAGAAAUCGAGCACAACAACAACGACGACUACUACAACUACUGUAUCUACGGAAGAUUCGGAGAAAAGAGACAGUAAUUGUUACUUCCCAGAUUGUCGUAAAGAUGCGAAUUGCAGUUGCGAGAUUUGUCUUGACAGUCUCAACGCAACGCUUGAUCUCAUGCCUCUCAGUGUACAAAAAAGCUCUCUCACUAAGCUUUCUUUUGCCUCCAAUUUCAAAUCCACCGUUGAAUCUACUCCGACUUCGUUUGAUCCGACGGUGGUCACCACACCCGCUUCUGUUUCUCGCCCAAUCUUGAAGUUGAUGAUCUCUUCGCCGAAGAAGAAGCAAAUUAAGAAAUCAAAAGUUUCCGAGAAUGAAGAACAGAGGAAAACGACGAAGAAAGAAAGAAGCCUACUGAUUCUCGUUGUUCUGAAACUAGUUUUGGUGAUUGGGUUGGUUCUGUGUUCGGAGUUAGGGUUUAGUUGGGUGUUUAAAGGGCUUUUGAAACCUGAAUUUACAGAGGAGAUAGUGAGGAACGUUGGUGAGAGAACUCAGGCUGAUCUUUAUCUGGGAGUGAAGCUGAGACUCUUGGAAGACGAAUUAAAGGGUUUUGUUAACAAUGACGAGUUUCCGAGUUGCGGAGGUUCUGAUUCUAAAUGGAAAAUCAUUCAGGAUGGUCCAAUGUUGAACUCAAAGUGUGUUCUGUAUAAAUCCGCCAUUGAAGAGGUGAGUAUAUGGGGAUGGCCUUUGCAGACAUCUGGAUUGUUCCAUACCGGUUUCUCAUCAAGUUCGAUCACCGUGUUAUCAGGCCGAGUAACUGAGUGGACAGAGGGGAAAUUCGGUUACACGAUGCGCGAGACCAAUACUUCAUGGAGGAAAACCAAAUGGAGCACAUCGGUUUUGCAACUAGAUCCAAACACAUGGGUUCUUGAGUACAGCAAAAGCUCGGUGAUAGAUGAUAGUUCGAGUUUGUUGUCACUAACAAUGGAUCUCAUCAAACACAUGGUGUUCCGAGCAGCAAAGAAUGUAAAUCGGGAGGUUUUCUGGAUGUUUUCAGCCUCAGGGAGUUUGUAUAGUGAAGCAGAAUCAAAGGCUAGCACAAUGACACCAACUUAGAAACUUAUGAGGAAAAAAAAGUUUCCCCUUUUUGGUUCCUUUGUAUUAAGCUUUAGGUAUAGUCAUGAACAAGUACUUGUUAUUGUUACUGUCUAGUUGUACUCAAUGACUCAGAUGUAGUAGUUGUUUCCUUGUCCUUUUUCGGUUCACUGUGAGAAACCCAAUCAGUAAAACGUAAAAACGCUUUCGUUUGGUUAAACCAACGACU